AUACCUCAUGUCCCUGGCUCCCUCUUAGCCCAGCUCCCCAUAACUCAGCACCCCCUUCUUCCCCACUCUUCCGCACCCCAGGUCCCCAUCUCCCCAUUAACCCCAGUUCUCCCAGCAUCCCAGGUCUGUCCUAACUCCACACCCCAGCUCCCCGGUAUCUGUGCUCCCCUGACCACAAGGCUCCCCGGUCCCCCGGGACCACAACCAUGGCAUUCAUGGUGAAGAGCAUGGUGGGGGGGCAGCUGAAGAACCUGACGGGUGGCCUGGGUGGCGAAGAGAAGAGCGAGGGAGAGAAGUCUCCAGCCGAAGCGCAGGGCAUGACCCGCGAGGAGUAUGAGGAAUAUCAGCGGCAGCUGGUGGAGGAGAAGAUGGAGAGAGAUGCCCAGUUUGCCCAGCGCAAGGCGGAGAGGGCCACGGUCAGGUCCCACUUCCGAGACAAGUACAGGCUCCCCAAGAACGAAACAGAUGACAACCAGAUCCAGCUGGUGGGGGGUGACGUGGAGCUGCCCAAAGAGCUGGCCAAGAUGAUCGAGCAGGACAACGAGGAGGAGGAAGAGAAGAACUCAGUGAUAGGCCAGCUCAGCAACAUCCAGAACCUGGACCUUGAUUCCUUGAAAGACAAAGCUUCAGCCACGCUAGAGGACCUGAAGCAAUCGGCCGAGAAAUGCGCCGUGAUGUGACCCGG